AUGAAUGACGAAUAUAUUGUGAAAACUGUUCUUCAUGCUGGAUCAGAAAUCAUUAAUUAUAUACCAGGAACAAAGGUUAUUUUUCACUUUAGAACUACAAAAUACGAUUUUGACAAAACAGUGAUAGAUGACAGUAGGAAAAUGGGAAAUCCAAUGGAACUUAUAUUGGGGAAAAAAUUUAAAUUGGAAGUAUGGGAAGUAAUUAUACAAAAAAUGGCAUUGAACGAAGUUGCCUGUUUCAAAGUGCAUAAAAGUCUAGUGACUACAUAUCCUUUUGUCUCUAAGACAUUAAGAGAGGCUGGCAAGCCUCAGUCGCAGAAACGUAAUCACCAUUGCUGUGGUGUUACUCUUCAAAAUGAAGGUAUUGGUUAUGCCGAUUUGGACGAACUUAUAAAAUAUCCUCAAGAUCUGGAAUUUACAAUAGACAAAAAUAACUUGAAAAUGAAGCUAGUAUCAAGGAAUGUAGAUAAGGAUGGAGAAGGGCGUGUGUCUCUUGUCCCUGAAAAUACAGAGGAUAUGUGGCAUGCCUAUAAUCUCAUUAGCGAAGGAGACUUCGUAAGCUGUUCUACUUUCAGAAAAGUGCAAAUGGAAUCGGCAACUGGUAGCUCUAACAGUUAUAGAGUCAGAACUACUUUAACAAUAUGUGUAGAAAAUAUUGAUUUUGAUACUCAAGCAUGUGUUUUACGACUUAAAGGUAGAAACGUGGAAGAAAAUAAGUAUGUUAAAACAGGAGCAUAUCAUACAUUGGAUGUUGAACAAAAUCGGAAAUUUAGUAUUACUAAAGCUAAAUGGGAUUCUAUUUCUUUGGAAAGAGUUGAUACUGCAUGCGACCCUGCACAGAAUGCUGAUGUAGCCGCUGCUAUUAUGCAAGAAGGCAUAGCACAAAUUUGUUUGAUAACUUCCAACAUGACAAUAGUCCGUGUGAAAAUUGAUCAAGUUAUACCAAGGAAAAGGAAAGGAAACGUAUCACAACACGAAAAGGGUUUGACACGUUUUUACGAGAGUAUUAUGCAAGGCAUAUUAAGGCACAUCAAUUUCGAUCUAGUGAAAUGUGUUAUCCUUGCUAGUCCUGGUUUUGUGAAAGAUCAAUUUAUGGACUAUAUGAUACAACAAGCUGUCAAAUCUGAUAAUAAAAUUAUUUUAGAUAAUAAAAGUAAAUUUUUGCUAGUUCACUCUAGUUCGGGUUUUAAACAUUCAUUAAAAGAGGUUCUAGCUGAUCCUGCUGUAGUUUCUCGAAUUUCUGAUACCAAAGCAACAGGAGAAGUAAGGGCUUUAGAGGUAUUUUACAAUACUCUUCAAAUGGAUCCUGCUAGAGCAUUUUAUGGCAAGAAACAUGUUGAAAAAGCCAGUGCUGCUCAAGCAGUAGAAACUCUGCUUAUAUCAGAUAAAUUAUUCAGAUGUCAAGACAUAGCACAGAGAAAGGAAUAUGUUGAGCUGGUUGAAAACGUGAAAGACUCGGGUGGUGACGUCAAAAUAUUUUCGAGUCUACAUGUUUCGGGUGAACAAUUAGAUCAAUUAACUGGGGUAGCAGCUUUAUUACGUUUUCCCAUGCCGGAACUGGAAGACGAAAGCGAGGAUGAUAGCGACUCAGAAGAAGAUUAGAAUCAUGAUAACAAUUUUGUAUAUAUUUGUGCUGU